AUGCAGUUACCACCAUGGAGCGUUAUCGUCAGCUGGCCGAAACCCAACUACGUGGAUCCGGUGACAAGAGGCGAUGCGCUCCUGAUUUUGAUGAUCCUCUUUUCAAUACUGGUGUUCCUGGCCGUACUCGGAAGAUACUACUCGAGGAUUGUGAUCAAGCGAUGGUUCGGAUGGGAUGAUUCAAUGAUCACGUUGGCAUGGAUUUUCACAAUUGGAAUGAAUGCAGCAGUAAUACUGGCAAAUCGCAAAUAUGGGUGGGACCGCCACCUCUGGGACGUUCAAUACGAAAUGAUUCAAAAGGCGAGCAUGAUAGCUUUUGCCGCAAAGUUGCUCUUCGUAGGAGCAUCCACAUUCACCCGACUAUCUCUCGUCUGCUUCUAUUACAGGCUGGUAGGAGAUAGUGGGAUCGCCUGGUUUACCUGGGUGCUGCAUGCCAGCAUGGCGUUCAAUAUCUCCAUUGGCAUUGCAUUCACUUGCUUAGGGAUAUGGCUCUGCGUUCCUGUACAGUCAUACUGGGUCUAUCCUCCUAUGGCGGAUCACAAAUGCCUGGACGAGGGGACUACAACCUUGAUCAUCGGCAUCAUCAACUGUGUCGCCGACCUCCUAACAACACUCCUACCAAUCCCACUCGUCAUGCGCCUCAAGAUGCCCUUAAGGGACCGCAUAGGGGUGUGUAUCCUCCUCAGCCUAGGCAUCAUCGUGACCGUAGCAGGCAUCGUCCGAACAUACUACAUCUGGCAAUCUCUAAUAAACAGCUGGGACGAAACCUGGUUCUCCUACCCGCUCUGGAUCUGCGCCGCCGUUGAAAUCGACGUAGCAGUUAUCUGCGCCUGCGCCCCCGCCCUCAAACCCCUCCUCCACAAACCCUUCACCCGCAUGACCAACAGCAUAACCUCCAAACUCUCCUCCCUACGCUCCUCCUCGCACAACUCCGCCGCCGCCGCCUCCCAAACCCCGCAAAACAACUCGAACAAAUCCACCCGCUCCGCCUUCAAAUUCCCCUUCGCCAAACGCUCCGGCGGCGAAUCCAUCUGGGAUGGCGAGGAAGAAUACGGCAUGCUUCGGUUGGCCGAAAAGGACACCAACACGACGACGACCACCACCACCACCGCGCAGAUGACUGAUGUCGAAGCGCACCCCCUUCACGGCUUCAUGAACGGCCCCACGCGGAUGCCGAGUCAUCUGGGGAUUCUGAAGAGCCAGAGUGUGGAUCAGGAGGUGCAAUAUCUCACCCCGCAGGAAGUCCAGGGAGAAGCGAUGCGGACGCCGGAGGCGUUGGAGAUUAGGUGA